GAUCUAGUUCAGGAUCAAAAUUAAAAGUUCCUGAGCUGAGCAUAAAUGGCAUACAGCACGUUGUUCAAGCAGGCCAGACUUUAAAUCUCACCUGCAGGGGGGAAAUGGUUCAUUCAUGGUCUUUGCCUGAAACUCUAAGUAAGGAUAGCAAAAGGCUGAAAGUAAUUAAAUAUGCCUGUGGAAGGAAUGGGAAGCAGUCCUGCAGCAGUCUGACCUUGAGCAGAACUCAAGCAAGUGACACUGGAAACUAUAGCUGCAAAUACCCAACAAGUCCAGCGAAAAAGAAGAAGGAAUCUACAGUCUAUGUAUUUAUUAACGAUACAGGCAAUCCAUUUGUAGAGAUGCACAGUGAUAUACCUAAAAUAAUACAUAUGACUGUGGGAAGAGAAAUGAUCAUUCCAUGCAGAGUCACAGCACCAAACAUUGCUGUUACUUUAAAAAAGAUUCCACGAGAAACCCUAAUUCCUGAUGGCAAGACAGUAAUCUGGGACAGCAUGAAAGGCUUCAGAAUACCUAAGGCAACCUACAAAUUCAUAGGGCUCCUAAGCUGUGAGACAACCGUCGGUGGACACAAGUAUAGCACAAAGUACUUAACGCACCGAGAAACCAACACAAUUUUUGAUGUUCAGUUAAGCACCCCACGUCUUGUCAAGUUGCUGAAAGGAGACAGCCUGGCAAUUAACUGCACUGUCACCGCAGCCUGGAACACCAGAGUGCAGAUGACGUGGACUUAUCCUGGAGAGGCAAGGAAGAGAGGUUCUGUAACACAGCGCAUUGACCAGAAGAAUACAGAAGCCAACAUUUUUUACAGUAUCCUUGUUGUUGACAAAGUGCGUGAUAUUGAUAAAGGCCAGUAUACCUGCCAUGUGAAGAGCGGGCCAUCAAUCAAAGCUGUUAACACAACGGUCAUUGUUUAUGAUAAAAUGUUCAUUAAUUUGAAACGUCGAAGAAAAACUGCGCUGGAGGCUGUCGCUGGAAGAAAAUCCUAUCGUUUGUCAAUGAAAGUGAAGGCGUUUCCCUCUCCAGAGGUUAUAUGGCUAAAAGAUGGUCUACCUGCUGCUGAAAAGUGUGCCCGGUACAUGGUUAAAGACUAUUCGUUAAUCGUCAAGGAUGUUGCUGAGGAAGAUGCUGGAAACUACACUAUAAUACUGAGCAUACGGCAGUGGAACUUGUCUAAGAAUCUUACAGUCACUCUUACAGUAAAUGUGAAACCCCAGAUAUAUGAAAAUGCUGUGUCUUCAUUCCCUGAUCCCAAUCUGUAUUUACUGAACAGCAAACAAGUGCUGACAUGCACUGUGUAUGGUAUUCCUCAGCCUAAAAUUAUGUGGAUGUGGUAUCCCUGUAGACAAAACCUUUCUAAAACAAG